AUGACCAGGAAAACCUCCAGAUUCUAUUUAUACUCAUGGGGAAAUAAUUUUGGCACUGGGAGGCUGCAGCCGGCCCUGGCACACGGCCUGGCCCUGGGCAUCGUCAUCGCCGUGCUGGGGGAGAUCAGUGGGGGGCACUUCAACCCAGCAGUGUCUGUGUCUGUGUUUCUGAUCGGGGGUCUCAACAUCAUACUGCUGGUCCCCUACAUACUGGCUCAGCUGUGUGGAGGGAUGAUAGGGGCAGGACUAGCCAAGGUGAUUUCCCCAUCCAUGAACUAUGCCAAAGUUUCAGGGGCAGCAUUCAACACAGUGCAGGCAGACACCCAGAUAGUACCAGCCACGGUGGCAGAGGUGAUCAUGACUCUGUUCCUGACGAUGGUGGUGUGUAUGGGGGCCGUGAAUGGACGCACCCGCAGCCUGUUGGCCCCUCUCUGCAUCGGGCUGACCGUGACCGCAGACAUCCUGGCUGGGGGAGCAGUGUCUGGGGCAUGUAUGAACCCAGCUCGUGCCUUUGGCCCGGCCGUGGUGGCCAACUACUGGAGCUACCACUGGAUCUACUGGGUGGGACCCAUGUCUGGAGCCCUGCUAACCGCCAGCUUCAUACGAUUACUGCUUGGGGAUGAGAAAACCAGAGUUCUCUUGAUGUGA